AUGGCACAUAUUCCAGUAUUUAUUGUUAUGGGUCCAUCCGCAUCAGGCAAAACCUCAAUAGGCACGUUACUCGCCCAAAAACUCGGUUUUCCAUUUCUCGAUGGCGAUGACCUACAACCAAAGUCCAAUAUCGAAAAAAUGUCUUCAGGGCAACCAUUAACAGACGAUGAACGAUUUCCGUGGCUACAAGUGGUUCUUGACACUUUUACACAAUGGAUUACACCUAACACUACUACGACGAUGAAGAUAAAUACAGACUCAUCAUCAUUGGCAUCACCAAAAGGAAUAAUAGUCGCAUGUUCAGCACUAAAACGUAGUUAUCGAGAUUUCUUGCGUAACAAUGUCCCACCAAAUAGUCGAGCACAAGUUUGGUUCGUCUACUUGAAAACGAGUAGGCAAGAAUUGGAAAAACGAGUUCGGGAACGAAAAGGUCAUUUUAUGAAGGCAGGGAUGUUGCAAAGUCAAUUAGCUAUUUUGGAACCCCCGAUAAUAAAUUCGUCGUCGCCAAAUGAUAGCAAAGAAGAGUUAGAAGAAAGAGUUUUAGUCGUUGAAGCAAACAAGUCUCAAGAGGAAGUUGUGCAAGAAAUUUUACGAAAUAUUGAAAAUCUUUUGGCGACUCAGAAUUUAAUGUUAUAG